GCGGUGUGCAGGGUCGUAGCGCUCUCUCGUCUCUCGCGUUGUAUUCGUGGUCGAGUUGGACGACGUUCAGCGAUGAUGCGGUGCCGACAGGCACGGUGUUUGACGGGAAUCUAUUAGACAAACGUGCGCGCGGGCUUACGUAGUGCGCAAAUAGGCUGAUUGUUCGUCGCCGACGUCGCCGCUCGAGAUCUGUGAGAUCGGUGCAAUAAAGACUAGUGCGUGCUCGCGUAGUGAAAACAAAAAAUGUGAGGCCCCGAAGCGACAGCGGGUUCGGAGCUCGUUGAAAGUGAACGAGACAGAGAGAGAAAGACAGACAGAGAGAGAGAGAGAGAGAGAGAGAAGAGAAGCGAAAGAAAGAGGGAGAGCAAGAGAGAGAGAGAGAGGCAAAGAAAGUUGCCGUGCCGAAGACGACAACGGAGGAGCGAAGGAAAGGCGAGAGGAGACGACACACCGACAAGCGCCUUGUGCGAUUUCGGAAUCUCGACGACGAAACAGUGAGGCAAAAUGACGCGCUGAAAAGGAAACCGCCGGAACAAACGCUCGGAAUCUCGUGAUCGCGUCCCGAUAGGACAGAGAGGACGAGAGUAGCAGCUCGUCGUAUCUCAUGUCAAGAGGAGGAGCCUCGUAUCUCUCUGCGAGCACGUAGAAUGGGGGAUGAAAUAAGUGUAUAUUCACGAGAGAUCUAAAGAAAGAAAAAGUACAGGAAAUGCAGCUAAAACCGGCUUUCCACGUUACAGUUAGAAUCAACUGGCAGUAAUCAGCGAACACAAUUCUUCCCUCAAUCUCCGUAAAGCAGUUAAAAUAGCUCGACCAUUUUCUUCUAGAUGAUAAUCCGACCUAUGACGUAGACACGGAAUGUAAAUUAAGCCAGACCAGGUUGAAGUAUCGACCCGUAUAAGUGCGACCGACCGUCAUCGGUCGCGCGAUCAUAAGGAUCAUUCAGUUACACCUUUUGCACCCUCCUUCCUUCUCCUGUCUGCGAAGCUUGAAAGCCGUACACCUACAUUACUUCGGAAGGCAGAAAGUGCGGAAAAAACGCGGCUGAACGGCAAACGCGUCUCCGUGGAGCGCGGCUAAGCGCGGCGCGCAUUAUAAAUAACGCGCUAUUUGGAGCCGCGUCAUGCGCGGUGCGGGGCGGUGUCUUCUGCGGAAACACGGCGGCGAUUGCGCGUCGGUUGAAUUCGCGUUGCGACGGAACGUGGAAGCGCGUUAGGAAUCGCGAGUUAGAAUCGCCCGACCGACCGCGCGAGUCUUUCUACCCGCGCGCUUUCCACCGUCCGUCUAUUCGCCUGUUCUACUGAGCGAUUCUCGGUCGAAUCUAGAACUUGCUGCCGCUUAAAAAUGACGAAGCGCCGAUAGCCCGUCGAUUGUGCGUGCCUCUCGGAACCUCGCGAGUCUUGGAUUUCGCCUGUAAAUGCGGAAACGGUCGUUUAACGAAUAUCCACGUGAUACACAAGGAGGAAUGUCCCGCAACAAUGGACCUGGUCUUUACGAGUUCCUCAUGGAAGCCGAGUUGCAACAAUAUUAUCCCGGCAUUCGAGGGGACCUGAAAGUGCAAACAACGGCGCAACUGAAAUAUGUAACGGAGGAAGAUCUGAACGCGAUAGGGAUGAGUAAGCCGGAAAUGCGUCGCCUGAAGAAGUACUUCCAGAAGCACUUCCCACAAAAUUAUCUCUCCAAGUUUAAGAAGAUGCUGUUGCCGAAACGAGAAGAGCAGUCGCCCGGUGCUCUGAGCAUGCUACCGGAGGAGCGGCAGGACAAACCUCCAGUCCGCGUUCCCAACAAGCACAUGAUACCAGCGGACGCGAUCAUCGUCAAUAAGGAACUAGGAACUGGCGAGUUCGGUAUCGUACAGCAGGGCGUGUGGACGAACGACGGCGAGAGGAUACAAGUGGCGAUCAAGUGUCUGUCGCGCGAGAGGAUGCACAACAAUCCCAUAGAGUUCCUGAAGGAGGCCGCGAUCAUGCACUCGAUCGAUCACGAGCACAUCGUGCGCAUGUACGGCGUCGUGCUCGACACUAAUUCACUAAUGCUGGUCACGGAGCUGGCGCCAUUGCGCUCGUUAUUGGAAUGCCUGAAAGAGCCGAGUCUACGUGCCAGUUUCCCUGUCUUGUCGCUCUGCGACUUUGCCGUACAGAUCGCUGACGGAAUGCAGUAUCUAGAGCAGAAGCGGUUAAUACAUCGCGACCUCGCCGCUCGCAACAUCCUCGUGUUUUCCAAGAACAAGGUCAAGAUCUCGGACUUUGGUCUGUCGCGCGCACUGGGGGUCGGCAAGGAUUACUACCAGACGAACUUCAAUGUUAACCUGAAGCUACCGAUCGCAUGGUGCGCGCCCGAGUGCAUAUCUUACCUAAAAUUCACGUCAGCGAGCGAUGUUUGGGCGUACGGUGUGACUUUGUGGGAGAUGUUCAGUUACGGCUUCCAGCCGUGGGCAGCGUUGACCGGUCAUCAGAUCCUCGAAGCGAUAGACGAGCCAAAUUUCCAGAGGCUAGAGCAACCUGACUGUUGUCCAAAGGACUACUUCGCUCUUAUGCAGCAGUGUUGGCAGCACGACCCGCUCAAGAGGCCCAAGUUCUCCGAUCUAAUCAGCGUGUUACCCGACCUAAAACCGGAACAAGUGCAAGCAGUUCAAGAUAGCGUUGACCCGAGUCAGCUCGUUUACAGACAAAGCGACGUGAUCACAGUUUUGGACAAAGGCAGCAGCAACACGUUGUGGAAGGGUGUGCUGAACAACGGCAAGACAGGAUACUUCAAUCCGGCUCACACGAUAGCGUAUAUUGGUUCCAAUCUGCCCAGCAACAAACCAGGCGAAUUCACGCGGGGAGAUGGCAAAAAUGCCUUCUCGUCGCAGCGUAGGAAGAUUCGCACGGACAUGAUAUCGUCGCCGCAAGGCGAUCUCAAACACACAGGUCACGUGGGUCUGGACGGCGCCUACUUCGGUGACAUUAGCUUCCUCGGCGGAAAGUAUCCGCACUUGCCCCGCCAGGUAGUCACACCGUACAAGCCGCAGGAGGACGUAACUGAUAAUUCUAGUCAAAUUGCAAGUCAAGACGCGAGGAGUAUCGAUGUGAACAGAGAAUCAGUGAGGGACAGCAGAAACCUUCAACAAGAGACCCAACAGAGCAAACACGAGAGCUUAUGGUCUGAUACGAGUUCGGAGAUAUGCCACGUAACCGCGGCGGGCAACGCGAGCAAGCAAUCUAUGACGACAAAUAUGGGGAGCAGCACCGACACUCUCGGAGCUGACCACGAGUACCACGAAAUCAGUGACGAAGAGAAUCAAGACAGUCCGUUGAGAUUCGAUAAGACAUUGAAUUUCGACUUUGGUCCGAGUCUUUUGGCGGAGAUGGAUCAGAUGUUCAGAUCAUUAGGCUCGUCUCCUCCACCUCCGCCACCUGGUCAUCCUUUGCCUACCGAACACGAAUCGAGCAACGCGAGAAACGAGUUACGGGAGAUACAAGCGAAACAGUGCAGCAAGAAAAAACAAGCCACCGUGAAGCCUAUCUCAGCCGCCGAUCAGAAAACUCUCUACUCAGCCAUUGCUAUGGCACAGGAAUUGACAGCACGUUCCAUGACAGAUCUCGAACAUCCACCGGAGUCUCCCCGAACACCUGCCAGUCCUUCAAGACGCAGAAAAUUCUCUUUUAAGUUGCCACAUCAACACAGUCCUAAACCAGACAGACGACACUUUUCCGAAGAAGCUGCCAGUAUACCUGACAUACAGUCCCUCUCGUCCACGGUAUCUAGCAUAGAAUCUCUUGGUGCGCCGUCGACCUUGAAAUUACCCUUGUGGGACAAGGCGUCGGCGGAGUUCUGUUUCGCAAAGUCGCGCGAAUUGCUGACCAAGCCGAGUGCUUGGGCUUCUUACAUGGACAUGGACUUUGACGCGCACAUAUUGGAUAACGCGGCGACGAAGCAAAACCUCGUCAAGUCCACCGAGUUCUUGGAGAACGGGAAUAGGAAGAGCAACGCGAAUUGUGAGGCCGCAGCCGACAUAGACGGCAAACUGAAUAUGCGCCAUCAGAACGGCAAGAUCUUCAAUCUGGAGAACCCGAAUUUCGAUUUCCCGCGCGAGGUGAAGCGAGUAUCCACCAGCUACGUGGAGCGCUACUUCGAGCAGCCCAAGUACUUCGACGACGAGCCUAUUCUGGGGUGUCCCAGCGGCGAGAAGAUGUACUUCGGGGAGGACAAGUACGACAAGAUCAAUAAUUUGGAGCAACCUAACAGGUCGGCGUAUUAUUCUAAUGUGCCGGAGCAGAGCUCGUCGCUCGGAGGCAGGCCCAAUCAGACGUUGCCGAAUAAACCGAGCAACUGCGAGCCGCAAUUGAAGGACAAUAUCGCGCAUUUCGAAGCGCGAGCCGACGAGAAUUUCGAUAUAUUGAAGGAGAAAGCGGCGAACUUUGAGUCACCCCGUAGUAAGCCGAAUAAGUUCGAAGUCAUCAGGGACAAAGCGACGAACUUGGAUCUCGGCACAAGACCAAAGAUCCCUAUUGCCUUCACCGAGUCUACAAAAAUGAACAUCACGGAAUUCACGAAAAAAAUCGACCUGUCGAAAUCUCGAGCAGCGAAAGUAUCCUUUGUGCCUAGAAAUCCGAACCAGGAUGCGAAGAGCGGUGUCUACGGCUCGUCGGACAGCAUCAAAGCGAACGUGAAGACAGGAGGAUCCGACAGUCCCAGAGGCAAUGUGGAAGCGAUGAGGAUAAACAUACAGAGCUUCCGUAAGAUCGAGCAGAAUCAGAACGGUCACGAAGGCUUCCCGUUCGUGAUAUCCAACAAUCCUCUGUUCAUCGCUGAACCGGAAAAGAAGGAGUCUCCCAUCUACAGCAGUUCCGAGAGCCUGCGAGUGAAUUUCCAGCGUCUCAGGCGGAAAUCUGACGCCGAGGCCAGCCAAGUGGAGCUAAACAGCAAGCUCUUGGCGGAGAAGUAUCAGCGCGAAGUCUCCGGUUUAGAGACAGUGAAAAGCUAUUUGGAUUCCAAGAAAGGUCAAGGUUUGAAUCUCGGUUUAGGCAAGCUGACGCAGAACAUGAUCCAGCUGGGUAAAAAUAUCGCUCAGAACUCGAGAAACUUGGAAACCGCGCCGUCCAAAUCGCUGGUGUCCAACAUAAGGAAUUUGGACCUGUCCAUGCCGUCGCAGACGCCACCGUCGCGGAGCUUGAACAUUCCGAUUCAGAAGCCGAAGCACUUGGACCUCAACAUUCCGCUGCAAAGUCAGUCGCCGAUCAACGCGAAGCUCAGCCUGAUGCAGAAGGCGAAUCAGCCACCGACGAGUCCCACUAUGCAUCAGCACAUCCUGGAGCCGCCGAAACUAUAUCAAAACGAUCCCGCGCGGAAAGAGUUACCGAAGCUGGACGUGCUCAUUCCGGAGAAGCUUUCCGGCGCCGCGAACAUCUACCGACACCGAACGUCGUCCUUGUCGGAGAACAGGAAGCCACCGAUAAAGAACGUGCGCAGAUCAUUCCAUCCCAAGAACGACUCCAGUGAGGACUCCGACUCGGUCUCGCACUCGGAGACCGAUAUCAGGAGUCGGCUGCGCUACAAACGCAGGCACAAGCGAGUGCCGCACAGUCUGCGGCUGAACUUCAAGAACAAGCCGCCAUUUUUACAUCCGGACUCCGCCAAGGGAUUCUCUGCGAUCGAGCUGUGCGGCAAGUCACCGCCGCCGUCGACCAGUUUUCUCAACUCGCUUUCGCCGCCGUUCUCCUCCAGGAACAACUUGCUCUCUUGGCCGGAGAGCGCACCGAGCUCCAGUCUGACGUUCACCAGCAAUUCUGAUCUCGACUCGGACACCAGCUCCGAAUACCCGGAGUUCACAAGCGAUGCCACCCUGUCGGAGGAAGCUAAGGAAGUGUACAACAGCUUGGUGGAGACGCCGACGAUGGAGAGCGCCGGCGACACGAAUCCCCUGCGUAUGCUGCGCUCGGGCCUGCCAAUCGUGAGGCCUCGCAUUCGCGGCAACAAGCAUGCUACCCUGGGUCAUCCGGCAUCGCAGUCGCACUCGGAGGACGCGUCCAACGAUCACGGUUUCCACUUCGAGAUGCACCACAGUGGCGCCAGGACCUUGCCGAAGGUGCGAGCGCCUCCCCCACCGCAUGCACCACCACCGUUGCCGCAGUCACGCAGCCUUGAGAGGCACCAUUCCGCCCAGGAGAUCGAGAACAAUCAAAAUCAGAAUAACGUCGACGAGAACCCGAUACCCCUGCCGCCCCGAGACCGCUCUAAGCCGCUUCAGGCCAAGUCCAGCUUGCCGCGACAUCAGAGGAAGCAUCCGCUGAUCAUUCCCGGCGGUGGCGUCACCAGGACGUUGGCGAAGAUGGCCGUGACUACGCCGCCUAUCGAGGAUCAAGUGGACGGGCAUUUCGUUCUGCAGAAUGCCGGCUCGUCGGUCGCCGGCACUUCGUUGCAGGAUAGCUACUCUCCGGAAGCCUCAGCCAACAGCCCGGAAGAAUUCGAACAGCGCAUAGACUCUGAGCUGGCCGCGCUAGAUUCUUUACCCGUCGAGGAGAAUCGACUGCGACGAUGUAGCGUGAUCUCAGAGGAUCUGCUGGAAUUCUCAGAGAACUUGAUCGACUGUGGCGACGCGUCCGACCCACGGCAGAACAUCUUGGAAACCAGCAACGACGGUCAGUCGAGCAACUCCUCGAAUGUGACCGACAAUCUACGCAGGAAGAUCAGCGUCGAGUCGAAGAGUUCCGUGAGGAGCACAGCGUCCAAGGUGCAGGAGAACGUGGAAGCGGAGCCAAGCCGGAAUCCAACACCGACCAGUUUGAGCAGAUCGGAAGACUGGAGCAAGAUUGAUCCGUUGGCUACCGCGGUGAGAAAUCCUCCCGCGAGGAUUCCGCUGAUACAUCAGCCUGGCCCGCCAAGUUACGCGUCGCAAACGGAUCAUCCCGCGGAAAGUGUUCCCGGCAAACCUGAGACGAAAAUCCAAUGCGAGGAGGAACCAUUGGUGCUGAUUAGUUCAAGCGAUAAAUUUCACAAGAUCGGUCCCUUGAAAGCCUAUCUCGCCAGUGAGAAAACGACGAGUCGCACGAGCGAUUUGUCGCGGCAGUCGGACCACGUCUCUUGCGAGGACCUAUUGGAAUUUGCCUGCGAUGGGCCAAACACUCGUAGAACACGCGGGCCGCGCAACGGCGAGCAGUCCGACGAGGUGCGGAUCAUGCUGAAAGUGUUGCACAAGCAGACAACUCCGGAGUCUUGCGUCGCUGCGCUCAACGUCACCGAGUGGGACGUGCUGGCCGCUAUCAAGCUGGAGCGACUACAGGAUCUGCUGAAGAAGGAGAACAGCUUUGUAGGUCUCGAGGAUUGCAAGGUGAUGUUGAACCAGUGUGGCGGCGACGUUGUCAAGGCGGCCGCGCUGUUGCGCAGCACGGAGGACACUGCCGCGGUUUAGUGCGGUUUUUGCUGUCUCGGAACGAUUCGACGGCGGUGAUUGCUACGUCGGAAAGAGCGAAAUCGUUAUUCUGAAAUUGAUCAAAUGCUCGACGGGGAAAUAAUCUAGCGCAAGGAUCCAGACUUCAAGCGACGAAAUGAGGAGGACAGAAACUGCGCAAAACGGCAAGUUCGAGCCAUAUACAGUUCUCUACAGUUUUCACAGUAUGCUUCCUUAAAGAAAUUCUAUUUAAGAUCCCCGACGAAUGUUUGUAAGAUCUUUCGUAUGUGUAGAAAUGUAGAUGAAUUUAACGAACGUUUAUUUAUUGUUUUAGUAUUAAUAGGGCGAACACAGUGGUUGAUAUAUGCUUUAUGUUAUCUAGUUGAAGGAUUUCAAGAUUAGCUUAUUUGAUAUGCCCUUAAGAGAAUAGAGCAGAACGAAACUAGCUUAUUCUUAUUUAACUUGCCAAGCAAGAUAACAAGUCGAUUGUAUUUCCUUUAUCCAUGAACGUAAUGUGAUAAUUCGCACAAUAAGGAUUACAAAUUUUGAAGUGAACGACGAAGAAGAGAGUGCGUAUUGAGGCCGGUAUUCAUAGUCGAAUCUUAUUUCAAGACCGUCUUAAGUAAUGUCUUAAGAUGCGAAUACGACUCUGUGAUUGGUUCAUGACAUCUUAAGACAGUACUUAAGAUGAUCUUAAAUAUAAAAUCGGACUAUGAAUACCGGCCUGAGAUACGUUCCGCGUUUCUUUUUUCUUUUUGUUGAAGUGAAAGUCUGCGUAACGACUCCAGUAAUGUGCGAAAGUUUGGCUAUGACUGGAAAUUUUUACAGAUCUGAAUAUAUAUAAUGCCUGUGUCCACGAAUUUUCAUUAUAAUUUAUGCUGUAAGAUGCGUAGAUUUUUACCUCGCGUAUCCACAUAGCGGAUAUCGGUUUCGAGGAAGCACGUCACUUCAUAUUUUGAAAGUAAUAUACGAUUAUGUGGUGUUUUAUACAAGACAAUCAUUUUGUAAUAUUUACACGUUUGGAAACCACAAUGCUCAAUGACGUCAAUAUCAAGCCAGUAAAGCUACGUAUACUAGCGAUAGGCGAAUUCGUAAAGGAGAUUUUAAAUUGUCGGCUUGCACGUUAUGUUAUUUCGUGAUUGCAACAAGUGGUAAUAUCCGGCCCCAAAGACUACUUCUGCAUCGUGUCAUUCGUUCGAUGUCACAUCUCAUAUUUACAAGCGAAUACCAGAGAAUCAUCACAUCGGUCAAAUUAUAUAUUUUCUAACUCACCGCUAUAACUGAACGACGUUAUAGCUUUUUAAAAAAGGAUUUAUGAUCACGAUCGAAUAAUCGUGAUGUGAGUCUUGUUGAUCAAUCUAGGAACGCAAAAACUGGAUAUAAUGUGGCUUCAGUAUGACAAGGUUCCAACUGACAUUUCGAAAACUGCGUGAAGAAUGAUUUGGAGUUGUUAUAAUUUGUAUACACAUGUUGGUACUUGCUAACAUUUCAACGAGAAAAAUGAACGCAAUGACGCUUAUUCUGUCGGUUAGAACCUUGACAUUCGAUGUUUAGUAAUAAAUAUUAGCGUAAAAACACAUCGUGCGUGUCAUAAGCUUUACGAAAUUUCGCUGAAUCAAACGGUGCAGCGUACACGUGUGUACGAAAAAAGAAAAAAUCUGCUCACCACAAUAUUUUAUUACAUUUUCCAAUCUCAAGAGAUAUAAAAUGAAAGUUUCAGACGUGCGAAGUACUGUACCUCGUUGUAAAAAGAAACGCAAGAGAUAUUCUUUGUAAUUUAAGGUAAUAUAUAGAUUUGGGUAAGCACCAAAUAUUUCGCGAAUUCUAUGUGUUCAGUAAGAUUAUUUUUACGAUCCGAAAUGUGCGUAUCACCUGUCGUAUAUAUGACCCGCAUUCUCUUCGUGCAUUCAACGCUAAAUACGGUCAGCUGACUCCGCGUUUUGAUAUCGUCCAAUAUCAGUGUCACAUUUAAUAUAAAUUUGAGACGAGUCAGGUAGCCGGAAUUAGCCUGAAAUGCACGAGCACACGGCGGGUCUGUAUCUUUAAGUUAUGAUACGUAAAACGAGUUGUAAAACGCGACUGAGAGAAGCAAAUGGUGGCUUUAAAGGGAUUACUCAAAGUCUAGUACAAUAAGAUUCAUUCUUUUCUACGAUCAGGAAAAAGAACGCGUAUCAUUCUUCAUUGUAAAUCCUUAGGUUAGCACACGCGACAAAAGCAACAGAGAAAGCAAGAUGCAAAACUGAUGACUGAUCGCCGAUAAAAGUGCAUAUAUUAUUGCGGCUUUAAAUCGAUUAUUCGUAGUCUGAUACAGUUCCUGUUGAGUUACACUAACGCUGUAGUAAUCCUAUCAUCGAUUAAAGCGCGCGGGAGAUAAUUGUUCGACAAACAGGGCGAAGUUUAAUCGGGCAAAUUAUGUCUUACCGGUAUCGGAUUUUGUUCAGUAUGUGUGUGUGUGUGUGUGUGUGUGUGUGUGUGUGUGUGUGUGUGUGUAUGCGCGCGCGCGAGUGCAUGUGUAAUGUCUCGAAAUUAUAAAUAUGUAUUUUUACAUAUUUAUAUGUAUACGUUGAGCAAAAUCGCGCUAUAGUAUAUUUUGUUCUUAUGCGCGCCGUGUAUACGCAAAAGUAUGCAUAAAGGAUAAAAUUUCUAAAAUUAAUUUUAAAGUUACUUUUAAAAAAUGUAACACAAGAUUGUUUAACAUCCAGAUCUUUAUUUCUGGAUUGUUAUUUCUUUGGAUUUUUUCUGAAUUCUGAACUGUAACUUCGGCGAAGUUGAGGUGUGACUUAUUCUUUUUAUACCGUGGCAUCUUUAUCAUUUUUAUAAAAUAUAGUAUAUUUUAUAGUAUCGCGAUACUUUGUGAGUUUGAACGAUACUAGUACACAGACCGGUUUUUAAGAUUGUAACAUUGCUUUAAUAUUUAGUACAAUUAGGUUACUAGUACUCCCUAAUUGUGCACAUUUGUUUCUGUUAAUUUCCAUCAGUUAUCGCUUUAACACGUCAUAUCAGUUUCUUUGAAUAACCAACGAAUAAAUGAAUAUUGCCAUUAGAAAAUUAUAUUCUCAAUCUAAUUAUAUAACACAUAAGGCUAUCACAAUUGUCUGUGUACAUCAAUUCGGAUUUGUUACAAUUCGAUUGAUCCUCAAAAUACGAAUGAAUUCUCAUUUUGAUCGUACCUUCGUGACAAAUGUCGAACAAGGUAAUCAGAGAAGAAGAAAUGCAAUCGAAAGUCGCGUCGAUUAGCGUGAAGAAAAAGAAACUAAAUUUGCUCAUCGUUACUGCGCGAGUAACGCGGCAGGAGGAGAGCUGAGAGCGGAUUGAGAGGGCGGAAGCGCGUGUUUGACGAGCGUGCUUUCGUUCACAUCGUUCAACGAAGCCAAAUAGGAGCCGAUGAAACCCGCCUAAGUAACUCAAUGUUACUUACCGUUAGCCUCGUAAGAUAAGCGAUCGUAAAUAAAGUAUGCGGCGCAUCUCCGCGAUGCGUUCGAGUAGCCAAUGUACUUAUACGCGCCCCUGAUCCACGAUAUUCGGCGCUAUUUUUUACGGACUAUUAUCAUUAUAAUUAUUUAUGCAAAGUCUCAGUUGUGAAACGUUUGACGAGAACACGCGCGAAGAUAAAUGAGAAUGUCAAGCUUCGAGAGAGGAUCGCGUAAUCUUGGGGAUGAUCAUAAAAAUAAUAAUAAUAAUGAUAAGAGUAAUCAUAACACAAUAAUAAUAAUAACAAUAAUAAUAACAAUAAUAAUAAUUAGGAUUAAGUUGAAGCCAUACCCAUUUUUCUCGCAAAGAAAGGAGGACGGAGAGAGAUACAGCGCGAGAUGCGUGUAGCACAAGCGGCUAAUUAUUUUUAAUGUACGUUGAAUUUUUCAUUAUAUCUGUGAAAUCAUUUCUGUAAUAGAAUCAUUACAUCGCAUUGAUAUCUCGGAACUGAAGCAAAUAAUAUUACACUCUCUGUAGACGUAAGGAAAAAAUGUAAUGUGUUUUAGUAGUAAGUAAAUACGGCAGUCGCCACGUCGAAGAACUGCGUCUUAUUUACUUGCUAUUAAAAUCUUUUUUAUUUAUUUAUCUAUAUUAAGGCAUGUCUCGCGCGUUUAAUUAAUAAACGAAUGACUGAAUAAAUAGAAAUAUCACUAAUUGAAAGGCUCAGAGCAAGAAUAGGGUGAAUGCGAUUAAUGCAGUGUAAUGAUUUUACGGAGAAGCUGCUGUGAGCGGCGAGCGCCUAAUCCUUUCAGUGAAAGAAUUCAACGUACAUUAGAGAGAUACGGCUGGCCGGCAAAAUUGCUCUCGAGAGCAAACGCAUCUGAUUUUCCCCGCUCGACUAUAGAGAAUAAGUCCAUCCUGUAACCAUUUUGAUACGCGAUUUUCUUUGUAAGGCAAACACGUUUGUACGUCUCUAUAUAUUAUUACGCGCGGAACCACAAAGAAUGUUUUUUAUAUCUGCUGUAUUUACGAUAAUAUAUAUACAUAUUCAUAAAUCA